AUGAGCGGUGGCGAAAAGCGAGGAAGCACGCGAGAGCCGGACACUGAGCAGAGAGAGCAGAGAGGAGGCGUUCCGCCGCUCGCCAGACGAACGAAGAAGAAACCAAGGAAUCUGCUAAUCUACGUGAAGGUUUCGCGUCUUUUACACCUUGUCAUCACAUGAUAUGAUAAUACUCGGUUUCAGAUAGAUCUGUCUUUGGAUUACUGACCCCUUCAUCCCCUACUUGCCCACCUUUUCGGGCUACAAGAUCCAGCCGACCGUCCUCCAGCCAGACGAUCCGACCGCCCAUUCCGUCCGACCGACAGUGCGGCCAGCACGAAUGUCUGAUCGAUACAGCAACUACAAUCAGAAUUUAUACAACACUAACCAGACCAGCGUCGGACCAUACGGGUUACAAUCUAAUCCUAUGCCAUACAAUGAAUACUACCAGAACAGGCUGUGCAUGCAGUCAGGGCGUGAGUUACUAUUUCAUGCGCUGUUUGUGUAAGAUUACUUUGAGUAAACAUGCCGUAGUUCGAAAAGCGAACGUCUUUCUCGCUCUUCGUAUGUUUCAACAAUCUUUUCUGUCUGUAUCCUGUGAAUGUGUUAUGAAGAUUGCAUCCAAGGUCGGAUAUUACAGACAAUGUCUGGCGCAGAAGGGAAAAACUAAUUUCAAAGGGAGGAUCCCUUGGAUUUCGCAUAAAAACUCAACUUUUUGUAAAAUCCAGAAGCACAUUGCCAAGUUAUUGUCCUGGUAAUAUGGUACUUUCAUUUUUUUGUUUAUUUUUCUGCUUUUUGAGGAAUUUUAAGUGUUGACACAUCUUGACAAUGGGACAACUGUUUCUCUCACGUGCCGCUUUUCGUGAGGUUUUCACGGGAGAGGGAACGUGCUUUGCAUGGCCGUUUCGGAUCGGCAUAACUCAUUUUUCUUGCGUUUUUUUAAAGUGAAUUAAUGCUAUCUUUAUGAGCUGUUAAUUUACCCGUUAUUAAGGUCUUAUUUUAGCUAUAAAUGACCUUAAUUUAGUUGUGAAAUGCCAAAUUUGAGCUAUGAUAAUAAGGUCUAAUUUUAGCUGUUAUCGUGCAAUCGAUGAUGAACAACUACUCAGCUGGUCUGAUGAAUUCUGGGCCGCGUCGUUUGAAUCCGAAUGCCGCCGAAUUCCACCCUCGUCCUCGAGCUGCUCAAAUGGCCUACCAAGCUCCACAAGUUCCUUAUGGAUACCAGAACUACGCGGCCUAUAUGAAUGUAAGGUUUUUGGUGUUGACGCGCACUCUCGACCUGAUCUCCUGUUUCUCUUUGCUCAGAGGAAAGGAGUUUGAGGUCAGAUUGGGGGCGCUUUUUCAAAUUCUCUUUUUAUUCUGAAAUUUUCAGCCGCCAGAGUCCUCUUCCAACGUUUUCGUCAACACUGACCGCACUCCAGUCAAUCCACAAGUUCGGCGGUUCGAAAACGGUUCCAGCUACAACCAUACAUAUAACGGCUAUAACAACCAAGUGGUAAGUCAUUUUUGAAUUGAAUUUGAGAAAAUUUGAAUAAAAAGGUGCUUUUGCAUGUUUGGAUUAAAGCUGGAUUUUUGAAUAAUUUUUCAUUUUUUUGUGGAUUUAACUUUACUGUUUGGGUCAAAAAGGGUGCAGAACUUUAUUAAUUAGUUCAAAAAACAAAUAGAAUAAUCAAAAAAUGAACAGUAAAAUCAGACAUUAGUGGAGUCUGUGUACUUUUUGACCAAACUAAAGUUUAAAGUAAAUUUCUUUUUAAAUUUGUAUAGGAAAGUCUUGUUUUUCAACAAUUAAGCAGUCGUUUACAUUGUUUAUAACGUGAAGUUGGUUGUUUAAAAGUUUUUCUUUAAAAUAAUAUUUUUUCGUGUCUUUUAUUGCUAAAAUUACUUAAGUUAUGCAUAAAAAAACUUUUCUUUUAGGAAUUUAAAAAUUAAUUGAAGUUUUUUGGUUUUCAGAACCUUCCUAACAACUUGAACUCGAAUUAUUAUAUGCAGAACGGACUCCAGAACGGCCAAAUGGCCGCCCAACAACCCGUUCCACCACCGACGCAAGAAUUCAUCUGUCAAUACCCAUUGACCGACGAAUUGGUGGAGAGAAUUCAAAAUUCGCGGAACAAAAAGGCUAUUAUUGAGGUAGGUGUCUGAUCUAUUUUUAACUUGUUUAUGUUUAGGUUCAAAUUGGUCUGGAACAGUUGGUGGCUGACCCUCACGAGUACGAGAUCUGGAGUUAUGCCAUCAAACAUCGACUGUCCAGUGGCUUCCCGACCGAUGACAUCGAACUUGUGGCCUCUGUGAUAGUGGAAAUGUCGUACCUCUGCCCAAACUCCCAAUAUAACUUCUCUCGCUUGUGUAAGGUGUUGGAUGGUGAAUUCCCCAACUUCACAUCGCGAAUGAUUAUUCCAAAGGUUGCUGCUAUUAUGAGUGAUGAACUGAAUCGUAUGAGCGCCCAUCAGAUUGGGCAUUUCUCUAUUUUCAUUGCUGAAUUGUACGAUAAGACCGAAGUGAAUGGGGUGAGGAUGUCUCGUCUGGGCCAAUAUUUGAUUAGCUUGAUGCGACUACUAUUGGAAUUUGACCCUGUUACCGAUGCCAUCAUCAAAAGCGUGGUUCAAGUGCUGAAGCUCACAGGACGUUAUAUUGAGGAUGAUCAAGACCCGGCGUUGUUGAACGAAGUGCUCGACAAGUUGGAGUUUAUCAGCCGCAACUCGAGGUCAAUUAGCGAGUCAGCCAAACACAACAUCAGACAAUUGAACUCGCUCAGAGAGAAACAAUGGGGUGUUCAAACUGAAUUCGUAAGUGUAAUUUGUUUACAGUUGAUCUGGUUUUCUUUUCGACGUAACUUGAUUUAUUCGAUUGAAAAGGUGAAUUAUGUUUUUAAAAAGCAAGUUUCGCUUCGCAACAAUAAAACCUUUAUGUUUUUAUUGAUAAAACAUCACGUAAACCGAGUUAUUACGAAAAACGGUAGAUAACAAGUGAAUCGUGAUGUAAAUCUAAUGUUUAUGUCACGUUAAACACACUAAAGGUUGAAGAUUUUUUAUCAAAGUUUAAAUUUUGUUUCAAUUUGUAGAUUUUUCAGGAUGGGUAUGGUGAUCAUUCCUCUGCCGCACCGAGGUCCACCGAAGCCACCGUGUACGGCCCGGAUGGCCAGCCGAUUAGCGAAGAAGAAUGGGCCUUCUUGGAAGAAAACUGCCAAGACUACACGGAUUCCGACUCCCAAGACACGAUCUACUACGAACAGUUCAUGCGCGAGCAGACCGAAGCUACAGCAAUAUCGGCAGCUGAAAAGGCCCUCGAAAAGGUGACAUUGGAUGACAGUUUCGGUUCAAACCGGUGA